AUGGAAAAAGAACGUCAAGAUAUAAUUGAAAAACAAAACAAAAAUCACUAUGCUAAACUACACGCCAUCCGAGAAUCUCACGGACGACUAGACAACUGGAACAAUUAUCCUCAUCGCAGGUCUGUAAGGAGCAUACAGAUUGACAAAUCAGGGGUCACUGCCAAUAAGACAUGAUGCUGGACAUCAGAGCAUUAGUGCAGGUCUUAAUUCCUUGGCUGAAAGGUUAUGGUGUUCGGGGGGGUUCAUUUAAAAAAUAACUCAGAUUAAAAUAUUAGUUAUUCACAGAGCCAGUUUUUCCACAAAGUGUUUGAAUUUCGCUUAACAAGGAUUUGUUCUCAAGAAAAAUAUGACCAAGAUAGAAAUUCAAUUACACCAGCCGAUAUAUUUAUUGUAACAGGAAACCAAAGCACAAAAGAAACCAUUUACAAAUACCCAACACCAUUUACACUCAAUAUAAUACCCUGAUACUAACAGAUGCAUAUGAGUAGUGUAAACCUCAGGAUGUUCAUAUGGAUACUUUGUAUAUACUUUUUGCUGAGUAGAUUCCAUACCACCCAAGUCUCCCUAUUUAGGAUGUCAGUCCCUAUUUUGGCCUAGAUAACUCCUUCCCUCUUUUCUAUCCUAAUGUCCCUUUUUUCUAGGAGCUUCAUGUUGUUGGUUUGUCUGAGUGUUUAACAGAGCUCCACAGCAAUAAUACUCAAAGUAAUGUGUUAAUGUGUUUUUUAAACUACGACUGUGUUUAGAAAUCAGUCCGUGUAGAUAAGAUACAUUGUCCCUUUUCUAAAUUACAUAUUGGUUCUAUUAUUAUCAAUAAGUCACUUAAAAUGUCUUAGAAUAACCACACCACUGGCUACAACCCCACUCACACCCCUAAAAUUAGAGAAUUCCUUCUUUGUCCAUAGGAAAGGUAGGGAGGUAUGAGGUUCAGCUGUCUGAAAUAAUCUAUAUUAAGGUGUCUUUAAUGUUGUAUUAUAUUUUGGCCACUAGAGGGAGUGUUCUAUUGACUAUGUUCAAUAAAGGCCUACAUUUGGACUUUUCAACAGGACGGUGCAUAAACAUGCUCUUACAGACCAACACCAGUCUAAAUAUGUUUAUCUGACAAUGUAGCCUAUCAUUUUCAAAUGGUACAAUGUGAAUAAAUUGACAUGGUAGCUACAUGGAAAUCCUUUUAAGAGUAAUAAUGCAAAACCCCAGCUGCCAGGUGUAUUAGAUGGCAUAUACACUGAUCAGCCGCAACUUUAAAACCAUGUAUAGGUGAAGUGAAUAACCUUGAUUAUGUCAUUACAAUGACACCUGUCAAGGGGUGGGAUAUGUUAGGCAGCAAGAGAACAGUCAGUUCUUGAAUUUCAUGUGAUGGAAGCAGGAAAAAUGUGCAAGCGAAAAGAUCUGAGUGACCUUGACAAUGGCCAAAUAGUGAUAGCUACACGACAGGGUAAGAUCAUCUCCAAAUUUGCAAAUCUUGUGGGGUGUUUCCAGAAUGCAGUGGUUAGUACCUAUCAAUAGCUGUGCAAGGAAGGACAACCGGUGAACCGGAGGGAGCCCAAGGCUCAUUCAUUCACAUGUGGAGCAAAGGCUAGCCCGUCAGGUCCAAUCACACAGAAGAGCUACUGUAGCAAAAUUUGCUGAAAACCUUAAUGCUGCCCAUGAUAGAAAGGUGUCAAAGUGAAUCACAAUUUGCUGCGUACGGGGCUGCAUAGCCACAUACAAGUCAGAGUGACCAUAUUGACCCCUGUCCACAGCUGAAAGCACCUUGAAUGGGGACGUGAGCCUCAGAACUGGACCAUGCAGCAAUGUAAGAAGGUUGCCUGGUCUGAGGAAUCAUGUUUUCUUUUAGAUCAGGUGGAUGGCUGGGUGCAUGUGCAUCAUUUACCUCUGGAAGAGAUGGCAGAAGGAUGCACUGUGGGAAGAAUGCAGGCCAGUGGAGGCUUGAGUCCUGCUAUUCAUGUGGAUGUUACUUUGACACUUACCACCUACUUAGAGAUUGUUGCAAGCUACAUACAUCGAUAAAUGGCCAUGAUGUUCCCUAAUGGCGGUGGCCUCUUUCAGCAGGAUAAUGCACCCUGCCACACUGCAAAAAAUGUUCAGGAAUGGUUUGAGGAACAUGACAAAGAGUUCAAGGUGUUACCUUGGUCUCCAAAUUCCCCAGAUCUCAAUCCGAUUAAGCAUAUAUGGGAUGUGCUGGAACCUACAAAUCUGAUCCAUGGAGGCUCCACCUCACAUCUUGCAGGACUUAAAGUAUCUGCUGCUAAUGUCUUGGUGCCAGGUAGCACAGGACACGUUCACAUGUCUUGUGGAUUCCAUGCCUCAACACAUCAGAGUGGUUUUGUCAGCACAAGGUGGAUCUACAUGAUAUUAGGCAGCUGGUUUUAAUGUUGUGACUGAUCAGUAUAUACAUACAUUAAAGGGACAUUAUAGUCACCAGAACCACUGCAGCUAAAUUUAGUGGUUUUGGUCUCUAUGGCAUGUCCCUGCAGGCUCAGCAAUGUAAAUGCUGCCUUUUGAGAAAAAAGGUAGUGUUUACAUUGCUGCCUAGCAACACCUCUAGGUGUGGUUACUCAGAUGGCCACUAGAAGUGUUUCCUAUUUCAGUGCUGCAUUGUAUGCAACACCUAUGUUCAGGGUCUCCAGGCUCUGCAUGGAGAUGCUGAAAAGUCUCCAUAGAGAUGCAUUGAUUCAUCUAUGAGGAGAUGCUGAUUGGCGCAGCGUAAUGUUUUAUCAUUUUAAUCCUUUUACAAAAGAGAGGGACAUAACAGUUUUUCUCUUGCCAUUAUAUUUUCACCAUAAUAAUUCACAAGAUACUCCUUUUUUGUAAUAGACAUAAUAUUAUUUUAAGGUGUAAAAUCUGUCCAUAUAACAAGUUAUAACAACAAUCUUACAGGUACAUGUAGUUUUCUGUUCACAGCUAAAUGAAAUAUAAUACAAUAUAAAACCUUAUCACUUCAAAUCCUAUUCAAACAGGAGCAAGCCACUGGGAUAUCACCAUUUUAGAUUGUCACUAUCACUUGAAAAUAUAUUUCCAUUAAUUAGUUUAAAAUAAUACUGCAAAUAGAUUACUAUUACUUUGUUUCUAACAAAGCUAUAGUACAUUCACCAUGGAGACUUCCACCUUUGAAUUCCAUCACAAGUUUCAAACUCUUAGUAAUGGAUUAAAAAACAAGGGUGCUGGGGGCGGGGCCGGACCGCCAUGCUGACCAGUCGCAUGCAGGAGAGGCUCAAGAGAAAUCUGGCCUCUUAGGCAAAUCCUGCAGCUCUGAAGCCCGCAAAGAGCCCAACAGCCACGCACACGGUGGUGGACAAGGUGGCAGAUCCCGAGAUCAGGAGUUUUGGGACCCUGAAGGGUUGAAUAAAGCUUCGGGGACUGCGGCCUAUUCGAGAGGGGAGCGGGGUAGACGGCCGCUGCCCUGCCCGCCUCGCGGCAACCACACACGACUAUCUGAGAUGCCUGCCGUUCCCGUUCCCCCCCCCCCCCCGUGGGCCGGGGGGGUUAUCCCGGUCCCCACUGUGGAGAGCUAGGGAGGAGUGGAGACUGAGAGUCCCUCUACCUACCUUCCAAGAUGGCAGCAGCGUGGAGCCCGACACCCACAUCCCCUGCCUCAUGCAGAGAAGUCGCACUGCUCACCAACCCGCAUGACCGCAAAGCCUACAGUUAACCCCUGAUGGGGAGAGCUCAGCAAGGUAAAAGCCACAGGCUUAAACAGCACAGACAGCCACUAAGCUUCCUAAAAUGCCUCACAACCGUGAAGGGGACGCUCUCAUAUCAAGCAAAGGGAACCCAGUAAGACCUGCCAAGAACUGUUGGACUACACUACUUCAUCAACUCAGACCUGCUUUGUAAACUUUAAUCGGACUUUCAGUCUCCAGCGACGACCUUAAGGCACCCUGUGUCACCACAGAGGCACACACAACAAGAGUCAUGCAGCGCUUGGGAUACCACUCAUAGCCCCUGAUCCAGACAUCUCUAACAUCCCCGGUAGCCAUCUCUGGUUUUCGUUACUGCUCUCACCUAACCACCUCUCCAACAGAGUCUUACAUUGACAUAUGUACCAGCGGUAGAGAGGGUUCAGAGAAGGGCUACUAAACUGGUUCAUGUAUUGCGGGAUAAAACUUACCAGGAAAGGUUAAAGGAUCUUAACAUGUAUAGCUUGGAGGAAAGACGAGACAGGGGGGAUAUGAUAGAAACAUUUAAAUAUAUAAAGGGAAUCAACACAGUAAAGGAGGAGACUAUAUUUAAAAGAAGGAAAACUACCACAACAAGAGGACAUAGUCUUAAAUUAGAGGGACAAAGGUUUAAAAAUAUCAGGAAGUAUUACUUUACUGAGAGAGUAGUGAAUGCAUGGAAUAGCCUUCCAGCUGAAGUGGUAGAGGUUAACACAGUAAAGGAGUUUAAGCAUGUGUGGGAUAGGCAUAAGGCUAUCCUAGCUAUAAGAUAAGGCCAGGGACUAAUGAAAGUAUUUAGAAAAUUGGGCAGACUAGAUGGGACGAAUGAUUCUUAUCUGCCGUCACAUUCUAUGUUUCUAUGGUCAUUAUUAUAAAAUCUGUCUGCCUAGCAUGUAACCUAACGCUCAAUAAUAAACUCGAUCUGCUCCCUCGUUUUAGGUUGCAACACCUUGAGUAAUUUCAUACCUGUGCAUUUGCCUGCAGGUCUCUGCUAUGUUAGCGAGUACCUAGAUGCUCUCAAUACCGAAAAUGUCACCGUAAAUGUAGCGUACAGUACCCGGCGCAAUAAGAUAUAUGUUACACUGCUCAUCAGCAUUUAACGUUCAUGAGAGCAGCACCCAGGACAUACAAGCAUAGUUCAUGAUCUUUAUCUUGUUUGGUUAAUCGUGUCUUAAGUCAUCAUUCUGUAUACUUAGGGUACAUGUACUGCUUGACCCAGCCAAGCCAAACAAGCUAAUCACACACAUGCUCAAGCUUGCAGUUCUCUAAUUAAUUUGUUGUGUUCUUUAUUUAUAAUGCAUCUAAGUUUUACUCGUAUAUCAUUCAUGACUCCUACAAAAACAAUGUGCGCAGUUUUGCAUAGAUGCCACCAUUGUACAGUUUAAUGUUCAUACUUCACUCACUGUCGCUGUUGUGGCAAAGUGAGAAUGCCUUUAACCUUUAAGCACGUCAAAAAUAUUUUUUUAAAAAGCCAAAAAAAAAAAAAACAAGGGUGCUAAACACGUAAUGUCCGUAACCGUUCGGAAUCUGUAACUUGCACAGUAGCUCCCAGCAUUCCAUUGUGCAGUAAACAGGAAAUGCUUAUUUUUAAUCCCUGAUGAUGCUCUGAGCCUACCAUGCCCAAAGUCUGCUAUAAUUUCUUUAUUGCAGAGCUGGCCCAUAAGGGGUCACGGCAGCCUCCUGGGGCACCUGGAGGAGGGCAGGAUUAUGCCACUCUACUCAAAAUUAAUUACUGCACCAUGGCUUAACUAUCCACUAUAUAGCACCGCUGAGAGGCAUGGAAGUGAAAUCUUGAGAGCAAAUUUCAAGACUCUUCAUUUCAGAGCUGUGUGCGUCAAUAGAAGAUCAAGGGAUAUAAUAUGUUCUAACCUUGCCCACUUCUCACACACUUAAAAUCAAGAGUCCUGAUAGAGAGUGAAUCUCAAUCCAAAACUGCUCCGCCCAUCUACAAAACACAAGGGGUUUAAAUAAAUGUAGACACAUGAGAGUACAAGGGGAGAUAAACACAAUAUAUAUUAUUUAUUCAUAAUGCCAAAAUGAUGGCUGAUCAUUCCUUCAUCAGGUUUUCAUGUCUUUUCAUGUUUUGUUUUGGUUUUUCUCUGAAAAGCUUGAAUUUAGGAAGCCGUCUGCAAAGUCUGGAGCAGGUCACGCUUGAAAAUGACAAAAUGUUAGCUAGGAUCCUAAGUAGGGAGUCUGAAUAUCGCAAAUGGGAAUCUGAGUGGGAGAAAGUUGAACAGCUUCGGGCAAGAAUCUCCCGGUACCCACGAAUUUCUGGGCCUUCAUGGGUAAGAGACAGUGAUUGGGCAUUCCGUGAGGUAUUCAAAAUGACAAACCAUUUGUAGUUCAAUUCUAUUAAAGUCCCCCAGAUCUCUUCAGUUCUAUAAAGUGGUCUGGGUGCAGUGGUCUUGUCAGUCUACAAAACUGCAAUGUUUACAUUAAAAAGUUAAAUACACCUCUAAUGGUUGCCCUUCUGACAGCCACUUAAGUAACUUCCUCCUCCAGAACCAAGUAAAAAUCAAAUGGUGCUGAUACCAACAUUUGAUUGAUGGAACGUGGUGUUUUUUGGCCUCGUAUUCGUAUCUCCAAUCCAUUGCUUCUUUGUGAGAAGCAUUGCAUUGGAGGAGGUCACAGAAGAGCAUGCUGAUGACUUCAAAAGCAGAGCUGGUGGCUGCAGUGGAGUAAUCCUGGUGCUGAAAACAAGGUAAGUAAUUUUUUUUUUAAUAGCAAAGGGGGAUGGACAGAAAGUAUAGCGAUUGUUAUUUUCAGGACUACUGAUUCCCUUUAAUACCAAGAGAGCAUUUAAUGAGCAUAUUUUCACUGCACCUUAGGAGAACUUUUUUUUGUUAAACACCAAACAAAAAUCUGUGACAAUAGGGCAGAGACCACAAAAUGCGUUGUCCUGAAGAAGUCAAGACUGUUGAGACAUAUAAAUGCAUGAUCUAAUCUUCACCUACUAGUGAUGCUGCAGUUUGUAUUACUGUGUUACAGGGAGGAUAUCAAAGACAGACCUUUUUGAACUUCAGAAGAAAUUCAAGCAUCCAAGAUGUGACAGAGACAAGUCAGGCAAAGAGUAACCAAAGCAGUGAGUAUUAUAAAAAUAUUGUUGAUGGACACCCAACACCAUCAAUGAAAGAAUUAAUCUGCAGGGAAUGUAGUAAUAUUAGUUAUACCAGAAUAAUUUGGCACUUCAUAAAUUUUACCGUUAUUAAUAAUACAGAAAACAACUGACUAAGUUAGAGAGCCAUAACUUUUGAUCAGAGAUAAAUAAAAAAAUAUAUUGUGUCGGGCAGGGUUGUUUUCAUGAGAAAUGUAUCUAAAACCUCUAAAAUCUUGUUUCUCACAUUACCCAAACUGUUUUUAAACAGACACUAAAAGCACUAAAACAACAUUAUCUUAAUGAAGCAGUUUUGGUGUAUAGAUUAUUUCCCUACAUUCUUCAAUUCAAUGUUAUGCAGCCCUAGUAACAUCUCCCCUGCAUGUGACCUAACAGUCUCCCUACACAUUUCCUGUGAAGAGAGAUCUAAUGUUUAAAUUUGCCUUACUGCACAGUCUGUUUAAUUUAGAAUAUGCUUUUUAUCUACUGCUUUGAUACUAGCCUGCUAGAGUCUUCAAGAGUCUGUAGUGUGUGAUUAAAGUUCAAUUAACAGAGCAGGAGGGUUAACAAAAACUACUAACAGUUAGGGGAAGCCUCCUUUCACAGAGCCGGAGCAACCUCUUGUUUAUGACCUGUACCUACUCCCUGACAGCCUGGAACUAUGCGAUGGAUCGGAGGUUAGCCACGUCCCACUAGAACUUCAGGCUACAUAACUCCAAUCAGAGCACUUUUUGGACAGUUACUAUUGGGAGAAAGCCCUGUCCGGGGAUAUAUGAAUUAACACCAGUACUUGUGGGGAACAUUGUGUUUUGGGGUUUGUAUUGUACGGCACCCUCUUGUCCCAGUACAGAGUUGUUGUUUUACCCCGUCACUAAGUACCGACGGGUGUUUGGGGAAGGGCCUGUAACAUAUUCUUCCUCACCGUGCGUCUGCGGAUCCACAGCAAAUUAUACCCCCACGUCCACUCACUUGAUUGACGACGUCAGCGUGCACGUGACAUGCACACGCCGCACGCACAUGUUUUGGGGUCAAAGAUCGAUCUCGGCCAAUCAGAAAGGUAAAGCAUGUAUUUAAACUCAGAGUUGCCUUUCCUCAUUGCCCUGUCAUGGUUUCCCUAGUGGUUGUCCGAGAGUGCAUUCCUGAUUCAAGUAUUUUCUGUUUUUUUACUUUGGCUUUGUUUUGACUUCCCUGUAUUCUGGUAUCCCUGACUUCUUUCUUUCCCUUAUCGUUGUGUCUCUUUCUGUAUCUCCUGACCUCGGCAAGUAUCCUGACUACUCUUUGGUACGUUAAGUCCGGCCAUCCUAAGGCCCGGUAAUACGUUACCUAUUAAUCAUCAGUGUGACACAAUUCUACGUGCUGUAUCAACUAGUAAUCCUGACAGGGCCAUAGUCACUUCGGUGAGUCUUUCAUAGUACUAGGGGAAUUUUGUCAGAGGUACUCAGUCAGAGUUCAGGAGCUUCAUCCCAUUUUGUUACAAACGUCUAAAGUAAACACAAUGUGCCUUCACAUCUGAUAUAAAACUAAAACUUUUUUUUUUAUGUUGGCUGUGUGAGUCACAGUCAGGGAAGGUGUGUCUAAGACUGCACAAACAGAAACAAAUUUAACUCCUAAAUGGCAGAGAAUUGAGCAGUGAAACUGCAGGGACAUCUAUACACCAAAAUUGCUUCAUUAAGAUACAGUUGUUUUGGUGCUUUGAGUAUCCCUUGAAGGAAAGCAUUCAGAACAUUAAAAUGGUUUAGCUUUAUGGGGCAUUUUAAUGAUCAAUUGAAAAUUAUUUUAAGGUUGUAAUCUCUUUUAAUUAUUACAGGGUCAACACUAACGAACAUCUCAGAAAGAACUAGUCUUGGAUCAACCAAAGUGUCCUCUUUUGUAUCAGAUAAGAAAAGAAGAGUGUUGGCAUCAGCAAACGCUGAAAAAUCAAGAAAGUCAUCCAUAUUGAGCUCAUCUGAAUAUGACACAGACCGAGAGUCAACUUACUAUUUGAACAAAACCAUAAAGAUGAACAAGGCUGAGAGAGGAAUCCAAUUAGAAGGACAAAAAAGAACUUUAAGAAGUCCCAAUAAUUUUAAGAAUACAGGUGAUAACUAUAGUUCAGAGGAUAAUCAUGUAACAUUUGUAACUGACAGACGUUUAAUACUGUCUCAGGAAAGUAGUAGAAGAACAGAUCUGUAUGACGAGUCUACAGAGGGAGCAAUUAUGUCUGAAGGACAACAUAAACAAGAAACAGCUUUAUCAUGGAAAAACACAAAGAGAGCAACAAGUCUCUCAGACCAAAGCAGCAAUUUCCCUUUUUUAGAUGAGGCAUCAGAUCAGGAUUCUCAUUUCUCACUUGUGGAGUCAGAUGAGACCUCUCAUUCACUUCAAACUUCCCAGGAAAGUUUGCUUUCUCCAAAAGAAUCUAAAGAUUCUGAAGGAAGUUCUCUUUCUCUUAAAGAAUCUCAACAUCCCCAGGGACAUAUCCUCCUUCCAAAUGAAUCUGGAGAUUCCGAAGGGAAUGCUCUUUCUCUUAAAGAGUCUACAGAUUCCCAAGGAAGCUUUGUUUCCCCUACAGAAUCUCCUAGAUUCUCAGAAUCAAUGUCCAGAUCGAGUCAGAAUGCAUAUAAGAGAGCAACUAGAUCAAACAUUUUGUCACCAGAGGAUAAAAAUACCUUGGAAAUGUCAUUAAAAGGUGGAGUGGGGGGUAUACUUCCUUCAUCUGAAGGGACUAAUAACCUGGUUAAUUCAUCACAAGAAUCAUUCUUAUCACAAGCAUACAAUAAACCAGACACAUCUCUAGAAGCAGAUAGGCAUUCUGAGGCUUCUUCUAAGGGAACCAAUCCAAAUAUGAAUCCUUCAUUGAGGGCUUUCAGUAGAAGUUCACUUUCAUCAUUUGAAUAUUAA